AUGGCGCCGUUUGACCUAGAUGCUUGCAUCGAGCAACUACUGAAGAAACAACUGCUACAUGAAGCCUUGUUACGCGAACUGUGCGAGAAGACGAAGGAGGUGUUGAUGCGCGAAUCAAAUGUUGUGCACGUUAGCGCGCCAGUCACAGUGGUGGGGGAUAUACACGGACAGUUCUACGAUCUCAUUGAGAUAUUCCGGAUAGGAGGUUAUGCGCCACACACCAAUUAUCUCUUCCUCGGUGACUACGUUGAUCGCGGACUCUUCAGCGUCGAGACAAUAUCGCUCUUGACUUGUCUGAAGCUUCGGUAUCCGGACCGAGUGCAGUUGAUACGAGGGAAUCAUGAAUCAAGAGCCGUCACACAGAACUACGGUUUCUACACGGAGUGUGUCCGUAAAUACGGCACGUCUCGUGUAUGGACGUAUUUCACGGACAUGUUCGAUUUCCUAACGCUGUCCGUGGUCAUCGACGACAAGAUCUUCUGCGUACACGGAGGCUUGUCCCCUUCAAUUCACUCGAUUGACCAGAUCAAGGUUGUCGACCGCUUCCGGGAAAUCCCCCAUGAAGGCUCGAUGGCGGACCUCGUCUGGUCAGAUCCUGAUCCAGAGAAAGAGGAUUUCGCUAUGUCACCCAGGGGUGCAGGGUACACAUUCGGCUCUGGGGUGGUUCAUAAGUUCCUCGAGACAAAUCAGAUGUCGCACAUUCUCCGGGCACAUCAACUGUGUAUGGAAGGCUACUCCUCGCUCUUCGACAAGCACUUGUCCACGGUUUGGUCGGCGCCGAAUUACUGCUACCGCUGUGGAAACUCUGCAAGCAUCCUCGAAGUCGGGCCUAACGGCGCGAUGUUCUUUAACGUUUUCGACGCGGCGCCUGAGAACGACCGUGACGGACCCGCGCAGCAAGCCCAGCAGAACGCGGGUGGCAAGCUACCAGAAUAUUUCUUAUAG